AUGCUCCGCAAGCUGAUCACUUUGGCCGCGCUGGUCGUGUGCGGUACCUUGGCGGCCCCUCAAAAGCGCCUUGGAGGUCCAGUGCUCGGUACAGCCGAGUCGCAAGCCGUCAUCCUGGCGCAGGAGCAAAACCACGACCCGAGUGGUGCGUACAACUAUCGCUACGAAACGAGCAAUGGUAUCGCGGCCCAGCAAACGAGCUACGAUGGUGCGAAUGCGGCUGGCGAGUACUCGUACACCGGUCCGGAUGGUGUGCUGUACCGUGUGGCGUACAACGCCGAUACGUACGGGUUCCAGCCACAAGGAGCUCAUCUGCCGGUGGAACCACCGGUACCGGAUCAUGUGCUGAAGUCGCUCGAGCAGAUCCGGGCCAGUCCGCCGCGUGAUCCCGAAUUCAAUCUGGCCGCGCUUGACGCCCAGAUCGCUCGGCUACGGGCCACCCUUGGUUAAGGGAUGGUCUGAUUGGGAGCUGAGAGCUGAUCUUCGUGCGCCUGUUACUCAUGA